CAACCUCUUUCCCCAAUAAGCCCUGCUCUCAGCUUUUGACGCUAUAAAAGGGCUUUUGGUUACAGGGUCCUUCUUCCUUCUUACAACAUUGACCACUUCGAUCUUGCGCUUCGAUCAUGCUUUGAUCGAAGACCUCUUCGCAAACCCCUCCAUCCAUCUUCCAACAUCGUUCACUUCGAUCUUGUCUUGGUUGAGGAACUCUACAUUCAACACAUGCCUUUGGGGCCUACGGAGCCUUUCGAAGCUUACUUUGCAUUCAAUAUCUGAUACUCCUCUCUAAUAAUUGAGUUUGCCCACGUCGAUCUCAGCGCAUUCGCCAACUCCGAUCUUCAAGCCUCGGUUUCGGUUACUCUGCUUCAAAUUCAGUCGGUAGCAAUGGCUAUCUCCGAAUCCCUUAAAGGGGUAUCGGUUUCUAUCUCAAUCAAUGGGAUCGAGAGCCGGGAAUACAAGGCCCCAGAAGAGGAACAGCAUCAUUAUCCAAAGCAAACUAAGCUUAUAUAUAUCGAGUCUAUCUCCGGAACGAAUUACGCCAUUCUCAGCAAGGUCGACCCGCAAUACAGGCUUAAAUCCGCCCUUGAGUUCCAAAUUCAAGUUGACAACACAAAGUUGUCAGUCGCCCCUCUAUUUGUUCCAAAGAAGAUGUCUAAUUCCUGGAUGAGAACUACCGACGGGAUGGAGCAGAUCAACAGACACGGAAAAGAAUCGAAGCGGCUAUUCAAAUUCUCCGACAUUAAACUGGUUGACACCAGUGAUAAAAACCGUGUUCGAAACGACGCAAAUGCCGCAAAGCACGUUGGGGAAAUCAGAGUCACCGUGUUCCGCAAGCAAAUUCUCGAGCAGACAAGCGCUGAGACUGGAGGCCAGCGCAAUAACACUAAUCUUGAGAUCGCCGAAAAGGCCGUGAAGGGGCAAUCAAUCUCCCAUGGUACCGAGUUCGGAGAGGCGAUCCGUACCAGAAGCCGCGCAAUCAUUUUUGAGACGAAACCUGCAAGGGGAGCCCGUGAACCGGCUGCGGUUUUCAUCUUCAGAUACCGAUCGAGAGAAGCGCUGCAGGCUGAGCACAUCAUCCCAAGGGCUCAAAGUGAAGAUAUCUUGCACGGAUACUCUGAAGAGGACAUUCGCCGCAUUGCACGGGAGCGCCUAUCUGAAACUCAAGACAGUAAGGUGAAUAUUAAGAAAGAGCUUAAUGCUGAUGGGGGACUUUGGGCCAAACGCUCAACUAAAGAGAAAAGUUACACGUUCGAUCUCACCGGAGACGAAGUAGUGGAAGUUGAGGAGACAAAGGCCCCGAAGCCGCCAGCGGAGACUGUCGAUCUCUGUGGUAGCAACGAAAUGGAGCCUGGGGCAUGUGGUAGCACGGAUCCGAUUCAGCCGGGGGGUCUUUUUUUUGAGGAUGAGGAUCGAGGUGGGAACGGCGACGAGUAUUACUUCGGAUUUUGAAUUCGGAGUCGCUGGUAAAGCAGGGAGCCUUGGAGUUGGGUAGAUAAGAGAAGAUGGCCAUUUUGAGAGAUUUCAACUGGUAAGCUACAUUAGAUUUAUGGCAAUAUUGGGCUGGGGAGUAGUGAUCAAAGGAAG